AUGGUUAAACCAGCUGUGCCAUGUGCCGACACGGAAUGGCUGAAAAACAUUUCGAAAACUAGCGGAAUUUCAUAUGAAAAACUCUACGAUCUGUAUUAUAAGUGUGGGUUUAGUAAAGAAAGAUUAGUGCACAGUUUGGAAACAGAGCCAACACAGUCUUCAGAAAAUGUGGUGCCUAAAAUUGUUGUAUUCUUGAAUGGAAUGCUUGUAAAGAAUGUAUUUUACGACUUUGAAAAUCCAAAAAACAGAUGUUUGUUGAAGAUGCUUGAACAAAAUGAAUUUGACAGGGACAUUUUUGAACUAGCCUUUGGAAAUGCAGGGAAGUAUGCCGACUUAAUCAUCGAAAGAAGAAAUGAGGAUUAUACUGGCUCAAUGGACAUGACAGAUCUAAAAAGAAACAUUGAAAAGUCUACCGAAUGUGAAAUUAAUAAAAAAAGAAAGGUUAAGAAUGGGAAAGUUGACAGAAUGACAGGUUAUAAUCUGUACUGUGGCCAGUUGGCACAGUCCAGCCCCGCCAAUACCGAUGACGUGAGCGAUGUGCCUGAGAAAAUAAUGAUAGGUGAAAAUUCAAGUGUAAAAUUCAAGGCUAUUUUUAGAAACAGAGAAUCCAUUGUGCUUGUUGAUCCCGUUCUUAGAAUUGUGGACAUAACCACAUUCUUUUUCGCACAUUUUAAAUUAAAAAUAUGCAUUGUUACUCUAGCAGGCGCAAUUCUCGAUGAAAGUGAGUCUGUGCUGAUUCUUAAAAACAGCAUGGUGGAAAUUCAAGAACACACAACACAUGCAAGCUAA